AUGCUUGCUAAAUUAACCGGAUACGUUGAGCUCGUGGGCCUAAUUAUAUGCGCUUAUUAUGUCACACGAUAUAAUACCGUAUUCCUAAAAUGUGCGCUAAUCUACCUGGCUCUCAAUAUCGGGGUCGUCCUAUACGUGACGUGCGAUUUGUUUAAAUUUAAUUUGAAUUUAUUUACGACACGUAAAGUGAGGGCCGAUGAGGACGAGGACCAUAAGCAGGAACAGGAGGCCCUCAAACUGGGCCGACAGAAGCUCAAGGAGAUUAUGGACGCCAUGAAAAGCGACUACAUCACCAGCUUUUGCACCCGGCUGUCCAAGGGGGUCGAUGAUUUAGAGAAGCUCAAGGAGAUUAUGGACGCCAUGAAAAGCGACUACAUCACCAGCUUUUGCACCCGGCUGUCCAAGGGGGUCGAUGAUUUAGAGAAUAGCACCCAGGAGAAACUGAAAACCGAAAAGGACCCGGCUAAACGGCACGAAAUCUACACGUGGGCCACUAAGGCGUACGCGCGUAUGAGCAAGUUCAUUCAGGAAAUUAUCGACAACAUACCGCCACCUACCCCGGCACCAUUCACCGAUGAUCAAUAUGACUAAACGUUAACUACCAUUAACUGUAACAGGG